ACGUAUCCCGAUGGAUUCAUCCUGCAGGGUCUUGUCUCAAACCAGUCAGGAUACGAGUGUCUCCUCAUCCCUGGCUUCCUCUUCAUGUACCUGCUGACCCUACUGGGCAACUCAGUGAUUGUCCUGCUCAUCUACCGCGAUGUCCGGCUCUCCUGCUCCCCCAUGUAUUUCUUCCUCAGUCAUCUCUCAUUAGCCGAUAUGGGGUUUUCCUCCACCACUGUCCCUAAGAUGCUGCAGAACCUAUUGACUCAUACCAAGCACAUCUCCUAUCGAGGGUGCCUGACACAGAUGUUUUUCUUCCUGGGGUUUGGAAACACUGAAAGUUUUCUCCUGGCCUCCAUGGCUUAUGAUCGCUUUGUGGCCAUUUGCCACCCACUUCGCUAUGCUGUGCUGAUGAACGCAAAACACUGCCUCUUGUUGGCUACAGGCUGUUGGGUCCUAGGCUUUCUCCACUCGUUGCUCUACACCCUGAUGAUGUCUUUCCUUUCCUUCUGUGCCUCCGGGGAGAUUCCCCAUUUCUUCUGUGACCUCCAUCCCUUGAUCAAGCUCUCCUGCUCAGACACCUCAGCAAUCCAGAUGACGACCCUCACUGAGGGCACUGUGACCAUGGUGGGACCUUUCAUGGUCACUCUUCUGUCCUACAUCCUCAUUUUCUCCAAGGUUCUCAAGAUCCCAUCAGCUGCUGGGAAGAGAAAAGCCUUUUCCACCUGCAGCGCUCACCUCACCACAGUCGUUUUGUUCUUUGGAACUGUUAUAGCUGUGUAUGUCCGCCCGUCCUCCACCUAUUCUGGCUCCAAGGUCCGAGUGAUGUCUGUGGCCUACACAGUUGUGACUCCCAUGCUGAACCCCUUCAUUUACAGCCUGAGGAAUUCUGAGAUUCAGCAGUCUCUGAGGAAGUAUCUAGGGAUUAAAGGUGGAAGAUGA